AUGUCCAUUGUCUUUUUUUUAAUUUUUCGCGGCCAUCAGAUUGUUUCGCUGAUCUAUAUGGAAGAAUUCAAACGUAUUGCAUUUACAUCGCCAUUCCGACAUGAUGAAGCGAGUCGUUUUACUGGCACUUUGCAAGGCCUAGCACUGUACGUUUCGGCAGCUUAUGUGAUCCUCAUUUUCACCAUCAAACUGGUAAUGACUCGAUUCAAGCCCUUUCAGCUUACGACAGCGCUAAAUUUAUGGAAUACAUGGCUAGCAGUGUUCAGCAUACUUGGCUCAUUCUUCACAACUGUUGCGCUUUUCACGGAAAUCAAGAAUCACGGUCUUGUUGGUUGGUGCUUACUUCUUCAUACACCUUUUUGUUUCUGCGCUUGA